CGCCAUUUUAAUCCUCGCCACUGAAGCGUAAGCGUUUCCGUAACGGUAGGCUUUACCUCAAGUUUAUCCAUUUCAAUCCUCUUAUUCUCUUACUCAGUUAGUCCGAUUUUGUUAUAAUUUCAAUCUCCAAGCCUGAUCAGUUCCUCUCAUCGGUGAUACAUUAAAUUUUCCUUCGUCAUCGGAAUUUGAAUCCUAUUGUCAUGAAUGAAGCAAAGUGUUUACUUUUGCCAAAUGACCUACUUCAUCAUUUCCCGUGAACUGUGUGCUGAACGGUGUAUCUCCGUGAAAUUAGCUUUGUGAUCCUUACCAGUGAUCUAAUCAUGAACUAUUAAUUUCUAAGUGAAAUUUUUUGUUUUGUUUUUGUGAAUCAAGAUAAACUCUGUUGCUUUUGAUAUUUGAAGUCUUUAAACGACUUAAAUAGAUAUUAUAUUUUAAUUUACUUGAUCAAGUGAAUUUUCUACUGUGGUUGUGUGACUUAAUUAACUAAUAAACAAUCAAAAAUGAUAAUGAUGGAGAAUCAUAUCGGUUCCAACCAUGCGCUUUCCGCCAAAAACUCAAGCACCAAAUUUGACGCUGAUAAGGAUGAAAGCUGGAAAUCCAAACUGAAAAUUCCUCCACCUGAUAGGCGAAUCAAGACUAGUGAUGUCACUGAUACCAGAGGAAUUGAAUUUAGUGAAUUUUGCUUGAAGCGUGAGCUAUUGAUGGGAAUCUUCGAAAAAGGCUGGGAAAAACCAAGUCCAAUCCAAGAAGCGACUAUACCCAUUGCACUGACUGGCAAAGAUAUCCUUGCUAGAGCAAAGAAUGGAACUGGAAAAACUGGUGCAUACUGUAUACCUGUUCUGGAACAAAUUAAUCCCAAGUUGGAUCAUAUUCAAGCACUAAUUAUGGUACCAACCCGAGAGUUGGCUCUGCAAACGAGUCAGAUUUGCAUGGAACUAUCGAAGCACAUGGAUAUCAAAGUAAUGGUUACUACUGGUGGUACUAAUCUCAAAGAUGACAUCAUGCGGAUAUAUGAUAAGGUUCAUGUGAUAAUUGCAACCCCUGGACGUAUUUUAGAUUUGAUGGAUAAACAUGUAGCCAAUAUGGAACACUGCAAAAUUUUAGUGCUUGAUGAAGCUGACAAAUUGCUGUCUCAAGAUUUCCAAGGAAUGCUAGACCAUGUGAUCUCAAAACUUCCCCAAGAAAGACAAAUUUUCCUAUUCUCUGCUACCUUUCCUCUUACGGUUAAAAAUUUUAUGGACAAGCAUCUUAGGAACCCGUACGAAGUCAACCUUAUGGAAGAACUAACACUGAAAGGUGUAACGCAAUACUAUGCGUUCGUUCAAGAAAGGCAAAAAGUCCAUUGCUUAAAUACACUGUUCUCUAAACUGCAGAUCAAUCAAAGCAUAAUUUUCUGCAACUCAACGCAACGAGUAGAAUUGCUAGCCAAGAAAAUCACUGACCUCGGCUACUGCUGCUACUACAUUCAUGCCAAAAUGGCUCAAGCCCAUAGGAAUAGAGUGUUCCACGAUUUCCGCAAAGGAGUUUGCCGAAACCUUGUAUGCUCAGAUCUAUUCACCAGAGGUAUUGAUGUGCAAGCCGUAAAUGUCGUCAUCAACUUUGAUUUCCCCAAGAUGGCUGAAACCUACUUGCAUCGUAUCGGCAGAUCAGGCCGUUUUGGUCACCUUGGUAUUGCUAUCAAUCUAAUCACUUACGAAGACAGGUUCAACCUGCACCGGAUCGAACAAGAGCUCGGAACUGAAAUUAAGCCUAUUCCCAAGCAAAUCGAUCCGUCACUUUACGUUGCCAGAACACCGGAAAACGACGAACAAGAUGUCAGUAAAUAAACAUACUGACUCCAACCGCCUCCCGUCUCAAUCUGUUUCUCAUCACAUUUUUAUUUCUUUUCUUUAAGAAUCAAAAAUUCGACAAAUUGUUCUCUGCUCCUUUCAAACCGUCAACCAACAGUUCUCUGUGCGGUAAUCGUACUCUUUUAUUUGAUUCGUCACGGCUAACUUAUUUUUUAUCAUUUAUUUUUAUUUAUUUUUUUUUUAAUUGCGUAUGUUCUGUUACAUACUGAUUGCUAUGUAUGCUGCACAUGGUCACUGUCAGUCAGAGUGCUAUGCAGCAAUCUGAUAUUUCCAAAAUUUUCCUGUAAUCUUCGUUUCUGCCAAACUAGUUUCCCAUCAACAAUUCUUAUAUUUCAUUAUUCGCCUGUCUGACAGGCUUUCAGAAUCAAUCGCCACCCAUGAUUCCUGAGCUAGCCACUGUUAUUUUACAUUCAGAUGACUUUGUUUUUUUAUUGUGUGGCCUGCCCCCAUUCUCACCCUGUAAUUUGACUUCAUCUUUUUGGUGGAGACCCCAUGCUCUGUGAGUUAGCUUUCAUCUUUGGUGCAUUUUUAACAGCUUGGAUCUCUGACCAAUGAUGGAGGCUCACCAUCAGCAAGCAAACCCCUGCUCCCCCCCCCCUCUAAUAAAAAUUUUGUUGUGAUAUUUUCCCUGUUUUCAAGCUCUCAAAAGCUUUAUACUCUUGAGAUCAAGAUCCAUUUAAGUUGCUAGAUGCUUAUUUGAUUUCUGGGUGUUGGUUCAAAUCAGACGAACCAGCUGGUUUUCUCUAUUGAGCAGUUUCUCUUGCCGUGCAUGUUCGCAAGUUUUCCUAGCUCUUUUCUCCUUUCCAGUCUGAAGUAUUAAUAUUAAUUUGUGACUAGUCAUCGAUUUUUUAUUUUUUAUGUAUGAAAUAAUGUCUCUCAAGUACCCGACUCCUACCAUUUUGAUCUUUCUUGAGAUUUUAUUUCUCGUAAGUGCUCCCCUCAUUAUAAAGUUGUCUGAUUUUGUCACAACAUUCUGCAUCUAUUUUUGUAUGCUACUCAAGUUGAGGGUUUCACCCUAAUUUGAUGGAAAGAUAUUUUAUUUGCAUUUAUUCUGAGCAUCAAAUGAUGAUUUUGAAUUCUUUCUCACCGUCUGUUCUCUUCAAUUUUUUUUUUUUCAAUAAAGAAGCUUAUUUAUUUUCUAUUUUUUUUAUUAGUGCAAUUUUCUGGUCUCUUGAAGCUUUUCUCCAUCUCUAUUGCUUUUUCCUUUGAUCACGGAAACCUAUCUUCCCCUAAAUCCCCCCCUCCCCCAUCUCCUUUGUUUUAACAAAUUUUCUCUAUCUAUUACGCCCUAGGCCCCUUCUCAGGAAUUCAUCAUGAUCUUUCAUAUUUUUCUUUUCUCUUUAAAUCAGGUUUUUCAUCAGUCAUGGUUCCCAAUAUGGUUUUUUUCUAAAAGAAAAUCCCCUCAAAUUGUUCUCAUCAGCCAUGCGAUGACUGGUAAUGUUUGAAUUAUCCAGUACUUGUCUACUAAAAUUCUUAACAAUCCCCUAUUGUGAGGGAGACUUCUUUUCUCUUUAACCCUUCUUAUGUAAGGAUAUUUUUUCCGUGAUUCUACGUCUUGUAAAGAAUCGAUACAAUAGUUUAGUCAGCUGAUAAACUUGUUGAAUCCUUGUAAGUAAAUUAAUUAAACCGGAAACAAACAAAAAAUUCUUAGGGUUAAGAAUGAGUUUCACCAACGUCAGUAAAUUCAAACUGUUAAUGACAUCCGAUAUCGUUAUUCUGCUGGCUGAACGUAUGAAGUCUUUCAUUAUUUCUGUCAAUUUACCUUUGGCAUCAGUAAUUCUGUAGGGGAAAGGUCUUUUCUGGAAGAUUUUUAAUUGAGGUUUUCAUUGAUUUUGUAUGUCUCGCGGAUUAAAACUUAAAAAGGACUUUACGCAGUGUAACAAGUGUGUAACACUGAAGUAGGUAUUGCUCAACCUGUAAAACUUGGCAUCUGAAAAGACAACAAUUUUCGUCCAUCUUUUAGGCACUCUUUACAAUUGAGUGUAUUCCAAAUUCUUGUGCAUUGGUUUUUUUGAAUGAUUGAACUUUUCCCAGAUCAAUUACUCCAGUUGACUGUUUUUGAAACUAAGGGAACUGAAACAUCAAGGCAACCAGUCUUUGUUAUAGUAAUUGAAAUUAGGGCUGCAAAUUGCGAGUCAUUCAUGAAUUCAUUGGUAGUUUUGACUCAAAUUUUGGGUGGUAAGACAAUGUUAAGGAGUGGUAGUGUUUCUUUUUUUUCUUUCUUGCUCAUCAUUUGAUAUUAAAGGAGCGAAUUUGACUACUUGCUGUGAGGCCUAAGAUGGCAGAUUGUAAGGGAUGGGCAGAAUUAUCUUCCUCCUAUUAAAACAUAGAGAUUACUUAUUUUGGAUCUUUGUUUAAAACCAACUUGCUUAUUUCCCAGGCCCCAGUCGAGUAAAAGCUUGCCCCAAUUUUUUUGUGUUGGAAAGCUGUGAUGUUGCAUGCUGUUACCAGUUGUGAUCUAAUGGAAUGCACGUAGAACUGUACAUAGUGUAAAUUGUGUAGAUUAUCUCGCAAAAUACUUUCUCUCUCCUGCUCCUUUUUUUCCCAAUAGAACAAUCUACUAAAACCUAGCUAUUGCACUAUCAGCAAUUUCAAGCAACUUGGUUCUGUUCCGUAAGGUCCUUUGCAUACGAUUCUUUGGUUUUUUGACUUUCGUUUGAGUAACUUUCACAGUAUUAUGAAAACUUCUAUUGGUUUCUAAUUAAAACAUUGUCGUACAAUUCUUUUUAAGGCUAUUACAGAUGUUUCCUCACUUCUAUUCUCUUACGAUAAAUUUUGCUAACUUAGUCAAUGAUGUUACAUGAAGGAGAGAAAUGGAAGUUUGAUUUUGAUCACUAAGCCAUUUUUGCAUAUUUUUUUUCUCACAAUCCCUAAUAAACAUUCCUAUUAGCUUAAAUGAACCAUUUCACCAAUGAAGUAAAGGCAAUUUAAUUUUCCCUUACUUGUUUCUUGAAAGUGUGAUAAUACCUUAAAAACAUAAAAUUGCCCAGCUAUGUAAGCCUCUGCUUUAUCGCUGCCAUUGAACCGGUUCUGAAAAAUCAUCAAUUGAAAAUAAGCACUGAUGCACAGUAAGAUCCUCUUCCCCUUCCCACCAGUCAUAAUAGUAGAAACUUUAUUCCUCUUUUACUGUUGAUUGACUUUGCACAGCUCAGAUCAAAAUCCAGGUUGUUCACUUUUUGUUUUUGAAAAGGUUCCUGUCUUUAUUUUUUACCAUUGCAGCAUGAAUUAAUUGCAAUAUUGGAAUAGUGGUCUAAAGUCAUUUCUCCAACUGAGGAAC